UUUUAUAUCACAAUUAACCCCACAGAUGUGUACAAUCCUAUUGUUAAAUUUUUGGCAGGAUCUGAGAUAGAUAUUGAUGAUAUGCUCCUGAACAAAGUACCUGACUUUUGGGGGCAAUCUAUUCUGGUUGCUCGCAACCCAACAGUCACAGUGAAGUUUUUUAACUUGUAUAUUAAGUCAUUUCUUAGCGCCAUUUUAGGAUUUGAUAAGUCAAAAGGCACAGCUGUUGAGGGUAUCCUUGGUCAUGUGAAGGCGUAUUAUGGGUGUGUCAAG